AUGGCGGUGUUGCCAUUCAUCAACCAAGACACGUCGCAGCUAUGGCGCCGGAUCAACGACAAAAUCGAGGAGCCCAAGAGCCAGAGGCGACUCAUCCUCAUCAUUGUGUGCGUGGCCCUGCUGCUGGACAACAUGCUGUACAUGGUCAUCGUGCCGAUCAUCCCGCAGUACCUGCGCAGCAUCGACGCCUGGUACACGCACACCGAGGGAGGCAACAUGUCCUCGUAUGUGGUGAAUGCCACCGUGAAUGGCGUGGUCACCAACCGCACCGAGUGGCGUCGCACGGGGGGUCACAUCGUCUACGAAGGCGAAGAGUCAGCAGUUGGCGUUCUCUUCGCCUCCAAGGCCAUCGUUCAGCUGUUUAUAAACCCGUUUUCAGGGGCCCUAAUCGACAGGAUUGGCUAUGACAUUCCCAUGAUGAUUGGUCUCAGCAUCAUGUUCCUGUCCACGGCUAUAUUUGCCUGCGGCAAGAGCUAUGGCGUACUGUUUUUUGCCAGAAGCCUCCAGGGUGUUGGCUCUGCUUUUGCGGACACUUCUGGACUUGCUAUGAUUGCUGAUCGAUUCACUGAGGAGUCUGAACGAACCAAAGCGCUUGGCAUAGCCCUGGCGUUCAUUUCCUUUGGAUGCCUCGUCGCCCCACCAUUCGGUGGUCUCCUCUACGAAUUUGCAGGAAAAGAGGUUCCAUUUAUCAUCCUCUCUCUCGUCUCGCUCAUCGACGGCAUCCUCCUGUUGUUCGUGAUGCAGCCCGUGAAGCAGCAAAUGCGUGCAAUGGGCGUCGAACGGCCCGCUGGCACACCCAUCUGGCGCCUGUUCAUCGACCCGUACAUCGCAGUGGCUGCUGGGGCACUUAUGAUGUCCAACGUGUCACUGGCCUUCCUUGAACCAACCAUCUCCAUCUGGAUGAAGGAUAAUAUGCACGUUGAUGACUGGCAGAUUGGCCUUAUUUGGUUGCCAGCUUUCUUCCCGCACGUGGCGGGCGUUUACUUGACAGUGCGCAUGGCACGCCAGUACCCACAAUACCAAUGGGCUAUCGCUUGCUUUGGCCUAGCGCUUGAAGGGCUCAGCAGCUUUAUCGUGCCCUUCGCCCGCUCCUACUGGGUGCUCAUCAUACCCCUCUCGGGCAUAUGUUUUGGCAUCGCCCAGGUCGACACCUCCCUGCUGCCCACGCUGGGAUACCUGGUCGACGUGCGUUACGUGUCUGUCUACGGCUCCAUUUACGCCAUCGCUGACAUCUCGUAUUCGCUGGCGUACGCCAUCGGCCCCAUCAUCGCUGGCGGUAUCGUCGAGAGCAUUGGAUUUACGGCACUCAACAUCUUCAUAGCCUUGUCUAAUCUUCUCUACUGCCCGCUGCUUAUGUCGCUGAGACACAUCUACGACUACAAGCCAUUCGAGAGCGAGGCGAACAUAUUGAUGCAGGACCCUCCAGCCAAGGAGUAUCAGACCUACAGGCUUCAAGACGGUGCAGCAGAUCCACUACCAGUGACGAAUCACGUGCAACAGACCUCCUUUAUGGAAGGUGUAACCGUCGCUUCUGCACAUGGACAACCUCAACAGCAACACCAACCCCAGCAAAUUCCGACUGCAGGAAAGGUACAGGCACCACAGCACCAGCAGCAACAACGACCUCCGCAUAAGCGUCCCGCCGCGAAGAAGCACGUGCGCGUGAGAGGGUACAGAUCUUCGGACAUGGAAAUGAUGAUCACUAGCUCCGAGGAAGAAGAGGGUGACCUCGAGUGAAGCAUCCCUUUCUGCCGUGUAGAUGCCGCAUGUGCUCAUCUUCGACGUUUUGGGCGGCUCUGUGUGGAGGUGAUGCUAAUCAGCUCCUGUGUGAGAGGAAGAGGGUGACUCCGAGUGACGUGCUGACUGCUUGGUGAUUUUUUUGUUUCGCCUGGUGCGCACAUGUGUGUACUUCUAGACACUCCUACCUUUAGGGUAUUGAAAUGGAAGCAUUAACAAAAGAAAGUGGUCGUGGCUGCAGUGUUAGCGUAACAAUCUCUUUCCCUCGUUCAUUCGCGAGAUGAGAACCAUAGUAAAUGAC